AUGAGACCUGAAAAGCUUCCGUAUCGGAGGAAGAAAGAUGCACCUCAUGGUCUUAACACUCGACAUAGUUACCCAGUUUUUAAACCUAUUGAAGAUGUCUCCAUAACGAGACCUACAAAGCUUCCAUUCCGUAGAAAGAAAGAUGUAUCUCAUGAUGUCUCUAUAGCUAGAUCUAUACAUCACCAGUUCGGAGACAUCACACACAAUAACGUAGGUCAAAUCGAAAGGAUGAAUAGAAUGCGUGUUUUGAGAUCCCGGAAAACGGAGAAGGAUAACCAAGAAACUUUGCUACUACCUGGAUUACAAGAAGAUUUUGUAUGUUAUAUUGCUACUGAUUCGGAGUCAAAUAGAGGAAGCGAGAAUGAUAUGUCUACCGACGAGUCUGAGACCGAAUAUGGUGAUGAUAAUACAAUGUCUAAUAAUGUAAUCGGCGGAUUUACGGCUGUAAGAGCUGGAUUACAAGAGAACGGGUAUUACGAUGAUGGAGAUCCGUUUUAUAUCUGUGAGAAUUGUGGAGCCUAUAUGUGGUUUGGAGAGCGUAAUGAGGUUUCUAAAAGAAUAAGUGCAUACGGAAGAUCUGGAUCGACUGAAAAUUUGAGGCCUGACACUGUAGAGCUAAUCAAGAAGAUGCUUGAUAAUCAUAAUCCACACGUCCGGGCUUUUAGGUCAGCAAGAGAGAGAUUCGAUAUGGAUUGCGGUGUUGAAGAUUUAAAAUUACGUUUGCCUUCGGAUAGAGCUUCUGAUGCGAGAACUCAUAAUUUACCUACCUGCAAUGAGGUGGCUGCUUUAAUUCCAGGUGAUUUUAAUUGCGGUGAGAAUAAACGUGAUAUUGUUAUAGAAGGUCGUUCAGGCAAUUUACAAAGAAUAAGCGAGCUUCAUCCGGCAUAUUUACCUUUACAAUAUCCUUUAUUGUUUCCAUAUGGAGAGAACGGUUACCGGUUAGGGAUUGACAUAGGUUUUAUAGAUACUGAUGGACGGAAAAGGAAAACCGUGAGCAUGAGAGAGUUUUAUGCUUAUCGAAUUUUAGAGAGAUAUGGAGAAGCUUCUACGAUUGUCAUGUCCGGAAAAUUAUUCCAGCAGUUCUUAGUGGAUGCCUUCACGACUAUAGAAUCAAACAGAUUAAAUUAUAUUUGGAUGAACCAAAAAAAACUUCGGACAGAAAGAAUAGAUAAGAUACUCGAAGCUGCUGAUAAAGGACGUACUGAUCUUUCAGAGCAUGGGAAAAGGAUUUACAUACCUUCGUCGUUUACUGGAGGAAAACGAUAUGUAUCAGCAUGCGAAGCUACGUGGAGAAUAUUAGCGUCCCCGAUAUGUUAUCGUACAACACCUGUUGAAAAAUUGCCCUUCCAUCUUCCUGGCCAGCAAUUGGUUAUUUAUAACGAGGAUGAUCCUAUAGAAAAUGUUAUGUCACGUUCAACAAAUGGAGGAAGCAAAUUCUUAGCAUGGAUGGAAUGCAAUAGAAUUGACCCUGAAGCUAGAAAGUUAACGUAUGCUGAAUUUCCGACCGCUUAUGCAUGUUUCGAAUUCUUGAAAACGGUUAACGGAGUUCUUUACGGAGAAUUUAAAGAUGCUUGCUAUGCAUUAGGAUUAUUGGAUGAUGACAAACAAUAUAUUUCAGCUAUAAAGGAAGCAAGUUUCUGGUGUCUUGGCAAGUACUUAAGGAAGCUAUUUGUGAUACUAUUGAUUUCGAAGAGUGUAUCUGUUCCGUUAAAUCUUUGGCUCGCGACAAGAGAUAUACUAUGCGAAGAUAUUUUAUUUCUCCAUAGGAAUCGCAUGAAUGAUCAAGGUCUUAUGUUAACACAAGAUCAAAUACGGAACAUAUGUUUGUCGGAAAUCGAAUUGCUUAUGCGUUCGAAUGGCACUUCUCUUUCCGUUUUUACUAAUAUGCCAAGACCAGACGAUAGUGUGAUAAAUUCAAAUGAAAAUCGGCUUAUUAUGGAUGAGAAAAAUUAUAAGCGUCAUGAACAAAAGAAAGAUUACAACAGACUGUUUGGUAUGUUAACUGAAGAGCAAAGACGUGUUUACCAAGAAAUAAUCGACUCGGUAAAUAAAAACAAGGGUGGAAUGUUUUUUGUGCAUGGAUUCGGUGGUACUGGAAAAACUUUCUUGUGGAGUAUCAUUGGAGCUGACAUUCGAUCUAAAGGUAAUAUCGUUCUAAAUGUUGCAUCAAGUGGAAUCGCUGCUUUGCUAUUGGAAGGUGGUAGGACAGCUCAUUCUAGGUUUGGUAUACCUAUCAAUAUAAACGAAUAUUCAAUGUGCUCGAUAGAUGCAGAGUCCGAUCUUGCAGAAUUGAUAAGAGAAGCGAAACUCAUUAUAUGGGACGAGGCACCGAUGAUGAACAGACUUUGUUUUGAAACUUUGGAUAGGACUUUGCAAGAUAUUAUGAAGUGCAAUAGGAUUUUUGGAGGUAAGGUCGUUGUUUUGGGAGGUGAUUUUAGACAGGUUCUCCCAGUAAUUCCUGAGGGUGGAAGGGUCGCAACUGUGUUGGCGUCUAUAAACUCAUCAUUGCUUUGGCAAAGCUGUAAAGUUUUAAAGCUUACACAAAAUAUGCGCUUACGAGAAGGCGUUAAUAACGAGCAAUCUGUUGCUCUCGCCGAGUUCUCAAGGUGGUUGCUCGAUAUUGGUGAUGGUAAAAUCAAUGAGCCAAACGAUGGUGAGGUCGAAAUAGAAAUACCUGAAGAUUUAUUGAUAACAGCAGCUGAGGAACCUAUUCAAGCAAUUGUUAAGGAAAUCUAUGGUAAUUCUUUUGCUAAAGAGAAGGAUCCAAAAUUCUUUAGGCGAAGAGCAAUUCUUAGUCCAAGGAACGAAGAUGUUGAUAAAAUCAAUCAAUAUAUGCUUUCUCAACUACCAGGUGAAGAAAGACGUUAUUUUAGUUCAGAUUCCAUUGAAACGUCGGAUACAAGUGUUUUCGACGAUAUGGUCUACUCGCAGGAAUUUUUAAAUAGUAUCAACGUCUCAGGAUUGCCUAAGCAUGAAUUAACAUUGAAGAAAGAAGCCCCUAUCAUGUUGCUAAGGAAUAUAGAUCCUAAAGGUGGUUUGUGCAAUGGUACAAGGUUGAUUGUUACUCAAAUGGCUGAUCAUGUUAUAGAGGCAAGGAUAGUAACAGGUAACAGUGUAAACGAAAAAGUACUUAUCCCUAGAAUGUUUGUGUCUCCGCCAGAUGCAAAGUUUCCUUUCCGUAUGAGGCGUCGUCAGUUUCCUGUGACUCUUGCAUAUGCGAUUACUAUUAACAAAAGCCAAGGUCAGACGCUGGAAUACGUUGGAUUGUUUUUACCAAAACCAGUCUUUACACAUGGACAGCUAUAUGUUGCAUUAUCUAGAGUGACGACGAGAAAUGGAUUGAAGAUUUUGAUAACUAAUGAAGACGGUGAAUGUCAGAACAAGACCCUUAACGUAGUCUUUAAAGAAAUCUUUGAUAACAUUUAA